AUGUUAGCACUACCACAAAGACGUCAACACCUCCCACAGACCCACUCUUCCGCUACGCUUCCUUCACCUACAUCACCACAACAGCUUUCCUUCGACCAACUAUCGCAACAACUAUCCGCGCAACAACUUUACGACCAGAAGCUGCUCAACGACUACAUCGAAUCACAGCGGACGUUUGCAGACUCUAACAUCACCGUCGACGGGGUCUCAAAUUCGUUCAUGACGGGCGCAUACGACUUCAACCCGUCUAUCAGGAUCCAGCAAUCGACACCAACGCCGCAGCUGCCUGCGGCAUACCCCCCGUCAAUGAACGCCACUGGCGCAACCAUCAACAACAACUGGAACGCCUUCCAGAAUAUGUCUGGUAACACCCAGUCGUUGCAGGCACCCGCACAGAGCCGGACAGGCAAGACGCACCAGCGCGCGUCCUCUUCUUCGUCGGUAGGCUCAGCAGGCUCACAGUACCAGACUGUUGGUCCGACUGCCAGUUAUCCGUACGUCGCGCUCUCCGAGAAUUUGCCAUCGAGCUCAGCUCUACUUGACUCAUCAAACAAAGCUGACGAAUACCUAAGAGCCUUCUCGACCGUCUCGAACCACCUUCCAACACCGACACAUACUCCCACACAAGAUUCCUUCAUGGGAUCUCAUAGCUUCAACAAUUACACACCGACGUCGACUGGCAUGGACUCCACCAUGGCAGCGCAUAUGUCCAUGAAGCAAGCACUCAUGGACCAACACGUUCCUGAUGAGGAUGUCCCAGGCUUCGCACACUCGGCGAGACAGUCAGUGUCGAGUUAUGGUCACGACUCUCCAGCUACACCGCACACGAGCCAUGGCGAUGAUUUGGACUUCAAGAUCCCCCCCAACGGUGAGCCUCUCCGCAAGGUGGACUCGUGGCUAUUCAAUCAGUUCAUUGCUUACGAUGACGACGUAGACUUGCGACCAGUCCCAAAGUUCGAAAGGACGUACACAGAUGUUGCUGCCGAUUACUCGUUUGAUCCGACUAGUGUAACGCAAACACAGUCGAUACCUCAGGCUAAGCCAGUGGCAAACGCACUGCUCUCGCCCUGGCGCAACAGCAACCCCAACGACAUUGUCCAGCGUAGCCUCCAGGCAGCACAGAUGGCACGGUCACAGUCUCCUUCCAGUACGGCGUCACGCGGUGACUCACCAUUCCGGAGAGGAUCACCUUACAGGCAACCUACCAACUCAUUCAACUCACCUCGCGGCGGUGUCGGCACGGCAGCAGCGGCACGCGAGCAAAAGGUUGAGGCUGAUGCAGCUUACGCAAUGAAGUCGCGAAUACAGUCAAACGAGGAAGCCGUUAAGACAAUCUCACCAAAGGAUGCAUUACUAGACUAUCGAGAGGCCGACGAUGAGUCCAAGGUACCAUUGUUCCCAGAUGGUGGCGCAAGCGAGUACGACCACCAAUACAACGGUGGCGACCAAUAUAGAAACGCCACCCAAUCCACCUUUGACACAACAUCUGGACAGUCUUACCGGAGAGACAGCUGGGCGACACCUCAGUUUUCAGCAAAUUUCCCGGCGUCUUCUGCUGGCACUUCGCAACCCUCUUCGACAUUUGCAUUUGCAGCGCCGUCGUUGCAAACCAACUAUACCGACAUGUCGACUUUCGCACCCACAUCUCAAUAUCGCACGGCAUCCAGCAUGCAAGGCCCACCGGAUUCCACUCCUGAGUUUCCGGCGCAUCUCACAUCUAUGGAGUCCAGCGCCAGCGAAGCGGGCCUCGAGCCGGGAAGCCAGUCAAGUGACCGCUUGGUCAAGCCCGCAGAUUCUAGCGCCGAUAGUGGUACCUACACUUGCACCUAUCACGGGUGCACGCAGCGCUUUGAAACUCCGCAGAAGCUGCAAAAGCACAAGCGCGAGGGUCAUCGCAGUUCUGCGACGACAAUGGGCUCUAGCAUGACAUCAGCGGCUUUGCUGGAACGCAACUCACAAGCGGGGCCUCACAAGUGCGAGCGAAUCAACCCCACGACGGGCAAGCCUUGCAACACAAUCUUCUCAAGGCCUUACGAUCUUACCCGGCACGAGGACACGAUCCACAACGCGCGCAAGCAAAAGGUUCGAUGCGCACUAUGUGUCGAGGAGAAGACCUUCUCCCGCAAUGACGCGUUGACCCGCCAUAUGCGCGUCGUCCAUCCUGAAGUCGACUUUCCCGGCAAGCACAGGCGCCGCGGAGGUAAUCACGAUUAA